AUGAGGAGCUUUAUUCCUCUCGCUCUUGCUGCCCUUGUCCAAGCUGGAAACGUCCCCAGCCAGGAAGCUAUUGCUCAGACUGGAGACAUUCUCACCGAUCCUCGCGAUCACGGACCCACCGUCUGGAAACACAUCGACAUGAUAUCCGUUCCUUUCGUUCGUAAAAUAUAUCCGAACAACAGACCCAUCAUCCCAAUCGCCGAUGGCACGAGGGAGGACUGCGCGGAGUACUCAUGGUACAAAGAUUACGAGUUUCCUGGCCAAGAAAUUGAGCGAGACUGCUGGGGUAUUGCCCACUUCCACGAAGUUACACCAGAGGUUAGUUUAAGCUGCCCAAGCUUGGAUACCAUCAGAAAAUAUUAG